AUGCAGCGGGGAGCGCUCCUGGCGGGCGCCCUGGCGGCGUACAUCGCUUACCUGGUGCUGGGCGCGCUACUGGUGGCGCGGCUGGAGCGGCCGCACGAAGACCGCCUCCGAGCUGAGCUGCAGACUCUGCGCCAGCAGCUGCUGCAGCGCAGCCCGUGUGUGGCUGCCCCCGCCCUGGACGCCUUCGUGGAGCGGAUGCUGGCGGCCGGACGGCUGGGGCGCGCAGCGCUUGCCAACGCCUCGGGGUCAGCCAACGCCUCGGACCCCGCCUGGGACUUCGCCUCGGCGCUCUUCUUCGCCAGCACGCUGGUCACUACCGUGGGCUACGGGUACACGACGCCGCUGACCGACGGGGGCAAGGCCUUCUGCAUUGCCUUUGCGCUCCUGGGCGUGCCGGCCACCAUGCUGCUGCUGACCGCCUCGGCCCAGCGCCUGUCGCUGCUCACCCACGCGCCCCUGUCCUGGCUGAGCCAGCGCUGGGGCUGCCACCCCCCGCAGGUGGCCCGCUGGCACCUGGCGGCCCUGCUGGCGGUCGUGGUGACCAUCUGCUUCCUGGUGCCGGCCGCCGUCUUUGCCCACCUUGAGGAGGCCUGGAGCUUCCUGGACGCCUUCUACUUCUGCUUCAUCUCUCUGUCCACCAUUGGCCUGGGUGACUAUGUGCCUGGAGAGGCCCCCGGCCAGCCCUACCGGGCCCUCUACAAGGUGCUGGUCACAGUCUACCUCUUCCUGGGCCUGGUCGCCAUGGUGCUCGUGCUGCAGACUUUCCGCCGUCUGUCUGACCUUCAUGGCCUCACAGAGCUCAUCCUGCUGCCCAAUCCAUGCCCUGCCAGCUUCGACGAGGAUGGGGACGAUCGGGUGGACAUUCUGGGCCCCCAGCCGGAGCCACACCAGCAAUUCACCGCCGGCUUGCACACUGACUACGCCUCCAUCCCCAGGUAGCUGGGGCAGGCGCCGCGAGGCUGCGGACCUGGCCUGCGGCUGAGGGGCCCAAGGGACUGGACUGACAGACUAGCACGUCCACAAGCACAUGCCAGUGUUCCCGAGGCCCUGCCUCCGCUAUCCGUCUGUCCUUUGUCUUACCUGCCUGAGCACCACCCGGAUCCAGGAACCAGCAUUGCCUUGUUUCCCCUGCCCCUCCUCUCACCUCCCUGCACACUCUGUGCUUCCCUGGCUUUCUCACCAUCUCUGUCUUUCCCUCUCCCCGUCUCUUUGUUUCUCAUUCUUUUACUUACACCAUCUGCCACUCACCACCUGCUGAUUCUCCCAGGCUCUGGGCUCAGACUUCAUUUCAGGUGCUAGAUCAGUCACUCCACUUUGGCCAAGUGACCGGCCCUCUCAGAGCCUUGAUCUCCUCAUCUGUCAAGUGAAAGAGUAUAUUCACUCAUUUAGAACUCCCUCCUGUGUGCCAACCCAUGCUGGGCAGUGCUAGGGACAUAGUAGUGUUCCAGAUGGUCUGGGCCCUGCUCUCAUGGGGCUUGCCAUCCUGUA